AUGCAGCUGUUGCUCGUGGUAUCCGAGGGUGUGAGGCCUGCGUGGCUGUGCGGGAAUUUCGGAGAGUUGCGAUACAGGUUGGGCAGAAUUAAGGGUCUACCAGCAUGGGGCCUGGACCAGUGUGGGGCCUGGGUCAGCUCGGACUCCCGAGGCUCUGUUGCUGGAGUCAACAGAGAAAACCCACGGUGUGCAGAGCAGGGACACAAGGUGGCGGGGCUUAGGGGGCACCGGCUGACCUCACAGCACCCCGGCUCCGAUGUUCGCCAGCUGGGAGUAGCCAUCCACGUGGAUAACUCGGCCCAGCUGGAGGCGGCCACGGGACUGCGAGUCCUGCAGACAGGUGAUGGGUCGGUGAGUAGUGGGCAGCCGAGCCCCAACCCCGAGGACACCGAGGAUCCCGCCCGGUUCGCUCUGCUCACGCUGCUGGCAGCCGCAGUCAUGGCGGGGGUGCUGCUGGCCGCAGGGGUGCUGCACUGCCUGCGCAGGGGUGCCCGGACACAGCCCGAGGGGCACCCACAGAAGACGAGAGCACCGCACAGCCCCGACACCACUGCCGCGUACCAGGAGCUGUGUCGCCAGCACAUGGCCACCUGUUCCGAGCGGCCUGAGGCCCCGCGCACCUCCCGCGUCAGCAGCGUCUCGUCCCAGCUGAGCGAUGGCCCCGCGCUCAGCCCCUCCGCACGGGGAAGCUCCUCGUCCUGGUCUGAGGAGCCCGUGCAGCCAUACAUGGACAUCUCUACAGGGCACAUGGUGCUGGCCUACAUGGAAGACCACCUGCAGAACAAGAACCGGCUGGAGGAGGAGUGGGAGGCACUGUGUGCAUACCAGGCCGAGCCCAGCAGCUCUCUCGUGGCCCAGAAGAAGGAGAACAUGCCCAAGAACCGCAGCCCCUCCUUGCUGGCCUAUGAUCACUCCAGGGUCUUGCUCCGGUCAGAGGACAACAACAGCAACUCAGACUACAUCAAUGCCAGCCCCAUCAUGGACCACGACCCCCGGAACCCUGCCUACAUCGCCACACAAGGCCCCCUGCCCACCACCGUGGAUGACUUCUGGCAGAUGGUGUGGGAGAGUGGCAGUGCGGUCAUCGUGAUGCUCACGGCCCUGGCGGAGAACAGCCGGCAGCAGUGCUGCCCCUACUGGCCUGAGGAGGGCUCCCAGGUCUACCGCAUCUACGAGGUGCACCUGGUGUCGGAGCACGUGUGGUGUGAGGACUUCCUGGUGCGGAGCUUCUACUUGAAGAACGUUCGGGCUGGUGCCACGCGCACCGUGACUCAGUUCCACUUCCUGAGCUGGCGCGACCACGGUGUGCCCGUCUCCGCCAGGCCACUGCUGGACUUCCGCAGGAAAGUCAACAAGUGUUUCCGUGGCCAUGCCUGCCCCAUCAUCGUGCACUGCAGUGAUGGCGCGGGCAGGAGCGGCACCUACAUCCUCAUCGACAUGGUUCUCAACAAGAUGGCCAAAGGUGCCAAGGAGCUGGACAUUGCGGCCACCCUGGAGUACCUGCGUGACCAGCGGCCAGGGAUGGUCCAGACCAAGGAGCAGUUCGAGUUCGCGCUGACAGCCGUGGCUGAGGAGGUGAACGCCAUCCUCAAGGCCCUCCCCCAGUGAGACGACCCCCACCCAGAGCCCGCCCAGGCGCCUGCAGCCCGGGACUCGUGUCACCCAUCCUGUGCUACCUGGUGCCCCUCGGCCACCCCCAGCCAGUGUCACGUUCUGCUCCAGCGACAGUGGGGCGUGUCCCCUGGGAGCUGAAACCCCAUGCCCCACCCUCACGUGGGCCAGCCCCACUCACUCCUGGCCCCAGCAACCAGCCCGACA